UUGGGGGGGGGGGUCGGUUUUUCCGUACGAUCGUUCUGGACGGAAAAAUAAUGUCUCAGCCUGCUAAAAGACUGCGAUUCUUAAUCAAUCAUCUGGAUCGAUCAGCGAUCGUCAGAGCUUUGCCAACAUCAGCUCAAACUGUCACCAACCAUCACACAAACAAGUUGAGGUACACUUUGGACAAUGACUUGCUGACGCCAGAAGAGAGACUCUUCUAUGAGGAAAAUGGCUUCAUCCUCAUCAAGAAUUUGGUAUCUGAAGAGGAUAUCAACAGGUUCAGGAAGGAAUUUGAACACAUCUGCCGACAGGAAAUUCAAGUUCCUGGUAUGACUGUGAUGAGGGACGUGGCCAUCGCCAAGUCUGAGUUUAUUCCUGAUGAGAAAGCCGUCACUAAGCUGCAGGACUUCCAAGAAGAUCCGGAGCUGUUCUGGUACUGCACCUUACCAGAGAUCCUGCAGUAUGUGCAGUGUUUCACCGGACCGAAUAUCAUGGCCAUGCACACCAUGCUCAUCAACAAACCACCAGACGCGGGUAAGAAGACGUCUCGUCACCCUAUGCACCAGGACCUGCAUUACUUUCCGUUCCGCCCAGCCGAUCGGAUCGUCUGCUCUUGGACGGUGAUGGAGAAGGUGAACAGGGAGAACGGCUGCCUGGUUGUCCUGCCGGGGACGCACACUGGCACACUGCUGGAGCACGACUAUCCUGAGUGGGAGGGUGGAGUGAACAAGAUGUACCACGGCGUGCGUAACUAUGACCCGCAGCACCCCAGGGUGCACCUGGAAAUGGAGAAGGGCGACACAGUCUUCUUCCACCCACUGCUGAUCCAUGGCUCCGGGAUGAACCGGACACAGGGCUUCCGCAAGGCCAUUUCCUGCCACUAUGCCAGCGCUAACUGUUAUUACAUCGAUGUGAAAGGAACCACGCAAGAAAACAUCGAAAAGGAGGUUAUGCAGCUCGCAGCCAAGAGGGUUCCUCCGGGCACAGAACUAAAGUUUGAGGACACAUGGGCCAUCCGAGGCCGCCUGGUGCAAGGAGAGAGGAUUUCGCUGUGACGACAAACUCACCGCCAUCAACGGAGACCGAUUUUCAGACAGACACUGAACCG